CAGAGCGCGAGACUCACUAAAACGCGGCUAGUGUAUGUCAAGUGAGUGGCAUGGUAGAAGUCGCCUUCACACGCAGACAGGUCCAGCUUCAGUUCAUUUCCCACUAGUGACGGUCCACGGCGGUGUGUGAGGAGGCAAUCAUGUCCGUGGACGACGUGUACGUGCUGCGACCCUUCAAGCUCAUCGCUCUGCUGUGUGUCUUCUUGGCUUUGUGUCUGGACUUGGUGGCUCUGCUCAGUCCAGCCUGGGUUACCGCCGACCACUUUUCUCUGUCUUUGUGGGAGUCCUGCUCUCAGUCCGAGGCCAGGCAGCCGGACGAGGACUCUUCGUGGAGCUGCUUCUCUACCCUCACUUCCGACUGGCAGAUUGCCACCUUGGUGCUGCUGGUGGCCGGCGCCGUGGCGACCCUGGUGGCCUUUCUGGUGGGGCUCAUUUCGCUGUGCCACGGCACGCAGAGAAAGCACUACCGCACGGUGGCCGUGUUCCUCUUCACUGCAGUUGUGCUGCAGGCCUGCGCCUUGGUCUUGUACCCCAUCAAGUUCAUCGACGGGACGGUCCUGCAGACGUAUCACGAGUUCAACUGGGGCUACGGCCUGGGCUGGGGAGCGACCAUCUUCAUGCUGGGCGGAGGAGUCCUCUUCUGCCUGCGGACGGACAUAUACGAGGACGCCAUGUACUGACCUGGCAGCCUCUCUCUCCACACACACACACACAACUCUAACUGUACAUAGAACUCUCUCGGUUAUUUUUAGUCAGACAGCAGAAGACCCUAAACUAGGCCAGGCCUGUUUGUAUAGAGCCCCCUCUCACUACUGCCCCAACACCACACUCGGUAUCGGAGGGAGUUUUCUGAAUGAGCACCAGUUGCUGGACGUUUCCACCGCAUGGGGACCUGCAUGGCUGUCCAUUGUCGGACAAACAGAGGACGGUCUCCUGAACAUUUAAAGGCACCGCUGUUAUUCCUGUAGCGUUUCGUCAUGGCACCACUAUCCUCUAACAUAUAUUUACUAAGUGAGCUUUCAUAUAUGCUGGAUAUUUAUAGUUGGUCUCGUAUAAUGUAAAUGUGUAAAAAGUGUUUCUACAUGAAGGACGUUCUUAAAUAAAUUUAAAA